UUGCACUUCCAGCUGGCUCUUAUCAGAAAUUACAAAUCAAAAGUCAAAUACAACUUCCCAGCGCUCUCCAAGCAGCUAAGGAUUUGCACAAGACAAGAAAAUCAAAUCUCAAUACAUUGGAGUGCACUCCAAACAAGCGAAACGACUAGCGACUAGUUUGUUGCCAUACUGGAGAGUCACGUCCGCUGCCCCGUUGCAUAAUGCUGAGCCGACUGGGCCGACUGGCACCCCGUCUCUCUCGUGCCGCUCACACGGAGCGCAAAGUGAAUGUCCAAGGCAUUGAUUUGCAUAUCGUGGAGUGUGGCAGCGGUCCCCGAAGUCUGCUGCUGAUGCCCGGUGCCCUGGGCUCGGCCUGGACAGACUUUAAGCCUCAGAUUGAGCAGCUGCCAAAGCUUCUGCCGGAGCACACGAUCAUCGCCUGGGAUCCACCCGGCUAUGGGAAGUCUGUGCCGCCUCAGCGCAGUUUUGGGCUGGAGUUCUUUCGGGAGGAUGCCCAGGCAGCCGUGGACUUGAUGCGGGCCCUGGACAGGCCAAAGUUCUCCAUUCUCGGAUGGAGUGAUGGCGGUAUCACGGCGCUGAUUGUGGCCGGUCGUCAUGCAGAGGCUGUCGAGAGACUUGCCAUUUGGGGCGCUGGCGCCUACCUCAACGAGGAGGAAGUCAAGUCUCUGCGCAACAUCCGGGAUGUGGCCAAGUGGUCGCCACGCAUGCGAGAGCCCAUGGAGAAGGUGUAUGGCGUAGAGCGUUUCGCUCAACUGUGGGCCGAGUGGGUGGAUGCCGCCUGUUCCUUCUACGAACAAAGAGACGGCGACUUCUGUCGCUCCGAAGUGGAGCAGGUGAAGGCUCCCACAUUUAUACUGCACGGCAAGAAGGAUCCCAUGAUUGCAGCUGAGCAUGUACCCUGGCUAAAGGAGCGUCUGCCUCAGGCGGAGUACUAUGAGUUCCCCGAGGGCAAACACAACAUUCAUCUGCGCUACGCGGAGGAAUUCAACGAACUUGUGGCGGAGUUCUUCAACAAAAAGUCUUGAAAUGAC